CAGUGUACCUUUUGGAGAGGCCAGCUCCGCGCUCACACCAGCGCUCCUGACCCGCCGACGCGCCAUGCCUCGCUUUACAGUACACAUCCGCGAUGAGUGGUUGGCGAUUCCUUGUCGAGAUCCCACAAAAACCAUCCACUGGCUCGGACUCGAGGCUCUCAGACGUUAUAUUAAAAACAAACCCGACAACGGGGGGAUCACCACUCUGAAAGACGUCCGUUUCGUGGUGCGCAGGUGCCAGGGACAGGGUCUGUUGGACGGAGAAGACACCAUCGAGGAUGCGUUGGAGGAUAAUGACUUUUUGGAACUCGCGAUGGAAGGGGACACCAUGUCUACUGAGUUCAUCCCGUCACAGCCGGGAGUUUCUCACCUAACAGCAGCUUACAGGGAACCCAAAGAUAAUAUUUGCAUGGAUGGCAACAGCCUGACAUCAACAGACUUGGUCAAUCUGGGUAGAGGACUCUACAAGAUAAAGCUCACUCCCGAAGCGGAGACCAAAGUGGUGCAGGCCAGAGAGCUCCUGGACACCAUAGUUAAAGAAAACAAAGUGGUCUACGGAAUCACCACUGGAUUUGGAAAAUUCGCCCGUACAGUCAUCCCUGUGGGCAAACUCAAGGAGCUGCAGGAGAACCUGGUGCGCUCCCACUCAGCAGGGGUGGGGAACCCCCUGAGCCCGGAGAGAACCCGCAUGCUGCUGGCCCUCAGGAUCAACGUCCUGGCCAAAGGCUACAGCGGAAUCUCCCUGGAGACGCUUCACGCCAUGAUCCAGGCCUUCAACGCGUCCUGCCUCUCCUUCGUCCCGGAGAAGGGCACCGUGGGGGCUAGCGGGGACCUGGCGCCCCUGUCCCACCUGGCCCUGGGGCUGAUGGGGGAGGGCCGAAUGUGGUCCCCUAACAGCGGAUGGGCCGAUGCGAAAUACGUCCUGGAGGCCCAUGGACUUAAACCAAUAGUGCUCCGACCCAAAGAGGGUCUGGCUCUGAUCAACGGCACCCAGAUGAUCACCUCCCUGGGGGCCGAGGCGGUGGAGCGGGCCCAGGCCAUCGCCCGGCAGGCAGACAUCGUCGCCGCCCUCACCCUGGAGGUGCUGAAGGGCUCCACCAAGGCCUUCGACAGCGAGAUCCACGCCCUGAGGCCACACCCCGGACAGAUCGAGGUGGCCUUCCGUUUCCGCUCCCUGCUCGAGUCGGACCACCACCCCUCGGAGAUCGCAGAGAGCCACCGGUUCUGCGACCGCGUUCAGGACGCCUACACCAUGCGGUGCUGCCCUCAGGUUCAUGGGAUCGUUAACGACACAAUCAACUUCGUCAAGAACAUCAUUAACACGGAGAUCAACAGUGCGACUGACAAUCCCAUGGUGUUUGCGGAGAGAGGGGAGACCAUCUCCGGGGGCAAUUUCCAUGGAGAGUAUCCUGCUAAGGCCUUGGACUACCUGGCCAUCGGGGUGCACGAGCUGGCCUCCAUCAGCGAGAGGCGGAUCGAGCGCCUGUGCAACCCCUCCCUGAGCGAGCUGCCCGCCUUCCUGGUGAACGAGGGCGGCCUCAACUCCGGCUUCAUGAUCGCCCACUGCACCGCCGCCUCUCUGGUGUCGGAGAACAAGGUGCUCUGCCACCCGUCCUCGGUGGACUCACUGUCCACCAGCGCUGCCACGGAGGACCACGUCUCCAUGGGGGGCUGGGCGGCCCGCAAGGCGCUGCGGGUCAUCGAGCACGUGGAGCAGGUCCUCGCCAUAGAGCUGCUGGCCGCCUGCCAGGGCAUAGAGUUCCUGCGGCCCCUUCGGACCACCACCCCCCUGGAGAAGGUCUAUGACCUGGUGCGCAGCGUGGUCAGACCCUGGAUCAAGGACCGGUUCAUGUCCCCCGACAUCGAGGCGGUCCACCGCCUGCUGCUCGACCAGAAGGUGUGGCACGUGGCCAAGCCCUACAUCGAUAAGUACGAGACCCAGCUGUCUAGUCCGGGGUCGCGGCCCAUCUCCCCCACCUCCUUCUCCCUGGAGCCCCCGCUGUCGCCGCGGAAACGGGUCCGCCACGAAUAAGCCGGCCGCUGAAUCGGGCGUUCAUACGAUGUUGGACUCCCGAUGUCACAGCUCUGAAUCUUAGAAGGUUAACGUGACCGUCAGUUCAUCGUUUAAUGACACUGUGUCUGGGCAUGGAGAAUAAUAAAUCUAUAAUAUUAAAUAUAUCAUAAAUUAA